AGUUUUAAGUACAGUUAUGAGCCCACGAACAGUUGAGAAUUUAAACAGAAUAAUAGAUAAGUAUUUAAAAAGGAAUAAUAUUUUCUACGAGGAUGCACCCUGGGAAAUUAAAGAGUCUACCUUAGGUGGUUUCGGUGUGUUUGCAAAACGUAACAUAGAAGUUGGAGAAUUGGUUUUCCUCGAUACUCCAGUGAUCAUAGGUCCAAGGUGUGUGGACGGUUUACAAGAAAUUUGUGUAAAUUGUUUCAAUGUCAAGAAUCUCACGAAAUGUGAGAAUAACUGUGGGCUGUCUCUCUGUUCAGAUUUGUGUCAAAACUCCUUCGACCAUCAGAGAGAAUGUAAACUAAUAAGGUUUAUGAGCAAUAAAAAGCCUGUGGAGGAUGGAUCGUUGAAAUUAUUAAAGUGUUUGACUCCACUGCGGUCACUUCUAUUGAGUGAAGAAGAUAAAGAAAUUGUAAGAAAUCUGAAGUACCAUAGAGGUAAAAAUCAUGGCCAUGAAAUUGAUACGUUGUCAGAUGAAUUGUCAUUUGAAAUAAAGGAAGAUGAAAAACAUUUUCUAAAGAUCGUUUGUUCUGUACUAGAUGCAAAUGCUUUUGAAGUUAUCACUGGAUGUGAAGAAAAUCAGUCAGAUUUACGAGGAUUGUAUCCUCUUGGAAGCUUAGCAAAUCACCGUUGCUUUCCAAAUACUAAUCAUGUGUUCGACGAGAGACAGAGAAUGGUUGUUAGAGCAGCCGUUUUCAUACCAAAGGGUUCGGAAAUUUUCCAUUCGUAUUCAAGAAUAAUUUGGGGCACAGCGAUCAGACUAUUUCACUUACUGAACACUAAACAUUUCAUUUGUAAAUGUGAGCGAUGCCUCGAUCCAACCGAAUUUCAUACGUACAUGAGUGCUAUUUAUUGUACAAAAUGUAAAGGGAACGUUGUACCGAUAAAUCCUUUGAAUUCUGGAAGCAAGUGGGAAUGCGAUACAUGCAAGCAGCUGGUUCCAGGAAAAGACGUCGGUAGGAUUAUGUCGCUUCUGGGAUCCGUGUUAAGAGGUUUUGACAACAAAGAUUUUAAAAUAAUGUACAAAUUUCUGAAUAAUAAAUUAUCGAGCAUGGUGCCAGAUAAUAACGAAAUCACUGUGGAGCUUAAAUAUAAAAUUAUUUGGAUUUUAGGACAUGAAGAAGGAUUCACUUGGAAAGUUGCGAAACGCUCUCAGCCAAAGCAUUACUCGAGGAAGCCGAAGAAGCUUUUUCUCUCCUUCUGUCCGCAGCCCUCUCACCACUACGUGAGUGCCUACGCCUCCGGUCCCGACUCCGGGUCCGCCUAUGACUCCGGCUUCUUUCCCUCGAACGCUCGCUUCGGGAUGAUGGGCUACCGCUCCUCUGCCUAUGCUCCCGCUGUCGACCACUGCCAUACACCGGGCUUGCUGAAUCCAGGCGCUGUCGCCUCGCCAACGCCCUGUCUUCUUCCGGCGAACCCCCUUGCUCACCAGCUACCCGGGUUCUUUGGUACCGCUUCAUCUUAA